AUGACCGAAUCGUCAAGCGUCACCGGGGGACGUUCGCCUGGCAGCAGAGAGACCGGCCGCGACACCGCAAAAACGGAGAGCAACCGGAGGCGCAGAGGGGAGGAACGACUGCCCCAAAAGCCCCAAAACGACCACCGGGCUACACUCCUCCAGCCCCACCACGCAACAGAGACGGAGCUACCGUACGUGACCGAGAGCCCCUUCAAAAGUGCCCCCGCCGGAUCCUGGUGGGAAGAGUCUCUCCUCCUGGUCCAGCAAUUCUUUUUUCUCCUCUCCCUCCGUUCGUCGCUUCCCUUUGACCCAGUACCUGUUCAACUUCAUCCCCUGCCCCUCAUCCAGUUUGAGAAGUAA